GUAUUUUCUUUUUGUGCGUGUUAGCCACGCCUGCUCUGUACUGUGUCGGUGCAAUGGUACUGUGAUGUCAUUUGGUGGCAGUAACAUGUUUCUUUCAUACUAUUACACAGUUAUUGCCAUUAUGUUCACACUACAUUUAAGUACUGUCUUCCCAUAUGAAAAUGGUAAUGGUUUUUCUAUAAUUAAACAUGGUUAGUUAAACUAUCGCAACCUCAAAGUAACUAUGGUUUUGCUACCGUAACCAUCGUUUAACCAUGAUUUGUAGUAAAAUGGUAAAUCAGCGCACAAAAAACAAAGGUGACUGCGGUUUCACUAUAAACCAUGAUUCAUUUUUAAAAGGGUGCAGUCGGGUUUCCAUCCAAAGUUGCGAAUUUAGCUUAUGCGCAAAAUUGGAAUAUCGCAUAAAACAUUUUCGAAUACGCACCGUUUCCAUCCAACUAGUCAACCGUCACUUCCUAAUAAACUGCCACUAAAUAUCAGUAAGAGAAGCCACUGAAUAUAAUGAUUUUCAUAUAGAAUAAUACUUGCGCAAGCAGACGAUUACGAAACACAAUAAAUGCGGUGCUUUUGUGGAUGUCUGCUGUUUGGGAAACACAGUCGUGACAGUUCUAAGAGGCAAUUACAGAAUACUUUGACGACUUUGCUCAGGCAUUUAAGAAUGACCGUAACAACAUUUCUCAUGCUGUGUAACAAGAUCAGUUCUCUGGUGCAGCUGCAGUCAUGGCCAAACGCAGGAUAACACAGGACACAUUUGAUGCUGUGGUCGGAGAAAACAUUGAAGAGUUUGACAUGGAGGCCAGUGAAGCAUUGAAAGAGGCGAUUGAGCAGUUUGAGUCUCAAGGCGUGGACCUCAGUAACAUUGUUAAAGCAAUUCCAAAGAUUUCUUCUGAAGAAAGCACAGAGGAUCAAACUCAUGAGGUUCUACAGGCAUUAGAGUCACUUAAAACCGCAGUGGCGUCAUCAUCUGCAUCAGUGCAGGAGGAUCUGAAGAUCUUCACCGAGCAGUGCUCUCUCGGCUUCGCUCAGCGUUACCUGGCAGCACAAAAGGGAGCAUAUCCCACUAUCCUCGCGUGUUGUCAGAGGGCCGGGGAAGGGAAGGAAGUGCUCUCUGUUGCUCUUGAAGCACUCUCAGCGCUAACAGACGGCCAGCCUGAUGUUCUGGACGUCGACGGACGGGAGUUUUUGAUCGGCACUUUAGAUGCACACAAGAUGGACCCCGCUCUCACCUGUCUGUGCAUACGCGUCGUUCGACACUGCUGUCUGAAACAUGAGAACAACAGACAGGAUUUAGUGAAGGCAGGUGUGUUGGCACUGCUGGCCGGAAGCAUCACACGCCACAUCGAACAUGCCGAGGUGGUGAGGGAAGCAUGUGGGGUGCUGAGGGUCAUGACAUUUGACGACGAUGUGCGUGUCCCUUUUGGUCAUGCCCACGAACAUGCCAAGAUGAUCGUGUUAGAGCAGAAUGGACUGAAGGUCAUUGUUGAAGCUGCUGAAGCUCAUCCAGAGAAGACCUCGGUGCUCAGUGAACUGUGCGCCACUCUGUCCCGGCUGGCCGUGAGAAAUGAGUUUUGUCAGGACAUCGUUGACCUGGGAGGCCUGAAAUUCAUGAUGACGCUGCUGGCAGGCAGUUUAGAUUGUCAGGAGCUUGUGAAGCAGGUGCUCAGUGCACUGAAGGCCAUCGCAGGAAAUGACGAUGUCAAAGAUGCCUGUGUGAAUGCGGGUGGGGCGGAACUCAUCGUCAUGGCAAUGAACCGUCACGCGGCAAAUGUGCAGGUGUCUGAACAGGGAUGUGCGUCGCUGUGUGUUCUCGCUCUUCGCAAACCCAACAACUGUAAGGUCAUCAUGGAUUGUGGUGGAGCGCUGGCUGCCCUUCAGGCCAUGAAGAAUCACCCAGAUGAGGUCAACGUGCAGAAACAGGCCUGCAUGCUCCUGAGGAACCUGGUGGCCCGCACACGUGACUACACUCAGCCCAUACUGGAGAUGGGAGCGGAGGCGCUCAUAUCUCAGGCUCUGGCCACUCACAGGGACUGUGGGGAUGUGGGCAGAGCUGCUCUGAGAGAUCUCGGCUGCCAGGUGGAGCUGCGAGAACUGUGGACAGGCAAGAAGGGAAGUCUGAGCCAUUGAAUGAAAUGUGUCGCUGUUUCGUUCAAACAUUGGCAACGUAAUCAUGUGACAGCAUGAGGUCAUACUCAGUGUAUGCAGUUAAACAUCUUACCUGUAGUACUGUGAUACGUUUGAUGUCAGGCCACAUGUUUCGCAGGUUACACUGUAAAUAGGCUUUUUAUUUUUUUUAUUUUUAAGUGUAAACAUUUCUGUUAUUUAUAGUGGGUGGGUUUGGUUUCAGUCAAUCAUAAAUGACACUGUGCUGAUGUUCAUGGGAAGAAUCAAGUGUACUUAAUUCAGAAAUGCUUUGCUGGAGUGUCACAUUGUGGUCAUUUAUCUCUUAAUAUCAAUGUAAUGUGAAGAACUUCGUCCUGCCUGCUGUAGGUCUUCAUCAUCUGGAGAUUCACAACUGUGAAUUUAAGUUUUUUUUUUACAUUUACUUUUUUACAUUCCAAAUAGUUGAUUUACUAGCACUGUGCACUUCACAUUCAUGCACACAACAUCAAGGCAAGGUGAGCCGCAUGAGCCUCAGAUGUAUUGUCAGUUGUAUGUGUUGGCAAUUUGUUGAAGCUCUAAUAAAAAGCGGAUAAACCCGUCAUGUGUCUGUUGAUUC